AAUUUUCAAGAACAAAAAAAUAAAACCAGCUGAUUUUGCUUUCAACUUUUCUUUCUCUUUACUUUUUACAAAAAAAAAUAAGCAGUUGCUGGGUACAAGUCUUAUAAAGAUAGCAAACAUGUCGAUCCAGGAGAUGAUAGAGCGCACAGUAGAUAAUGAGACUCUUCUGAAGUACUCUAACCCUUUGAUGAUAAUAGAUCCGGAUGGACAAAAAACCAACCUGAAGUUCCCAGGAGAAAUAAGGUCAAAACUGUUCCAAUGCCAGAAAACAGAAGAGGAAGUAAUUGAAUUACAGUUGCUGCUGAAUUCACUUUUGCCACCAAUUGAAUGGGAGGAGGAAGGGGCAGUUUGGCAGCUGCAGGUAUCGACAGAGCCUGUUUCAAGAUUUGACGUUAUUAAAUUGAAAGAGACACUCGAUCUGUGGCUGAAACAACGGCAGGCUAGAUCAAGGGGUAUUUGCUCUGUCAGAAGAGAAAUAUUCAUCCAGCUCUUUGAUGAAAUGAUUCGUCAAGAGACGAUCAUUUGCCCGGAAAGGGGCAUGCUGCUGAUUAGAAUGAGAGAUGAGCAUCGAAUGUCACUUGCAUCAGUUCAAGCACUCUACGAGGGCAGUAUUUCAUAUGCUAAAAGUAAAGCUCUUGAGGCUGAAGAUAGUAUUUUACCCUUAUUGAAAGAAGUCGAAGAAGCCAGGCAACAGAGGGAUAAGAUUUUAAAUGAAGUGAAAAUUAUGGAAGAUGCUUUGAACCAGGCGACUAAAAGGGGUAAAGAAUUGCUGCUCAAUGCGAAAAAGAGGCAAGCCGAACAGUUGGAGCUUCUAAACAAUACAAAUAUGCAGUUAAAGUGCCAGUUAGAUGAGCUUUUCUACUCGAAACGAUAAAAAAUCGACCAUUUUAUUUGCAGCUGCGAAAAGAUGUAAUAAUACACGUUUUUUU